AUGCUGAAGGCCGUCGAGCCCCGGGAGGCGCGGGCGGAGCCGCCGUCGCAGUCCAAGCCGCUCACCUCCUUCCUCAUCCAGGACAUCCUGCGGGACCGCGCGGAGCCGCGCGGGGCACAAGUGGGCAACCCGCAGUCGGAGCGCCAGCCGGAUGCGAGACGGGGCCCGGCGCCGGAGCCAGAGGGAGGAGGAGGACGCGGAGGGGAUCCCGGGGACCCGCCGGGCGUCCAGCCCUGCGCCGCGCCCGGGUCGGUGCAGACGCUGGAGGCUGAGCCAGAUGGACAUUUUGAGACUUAUCUGUUGGACUGUGAACACGCUUCAGGCGACUUAGCAAGCGUGCCCCAAACCCCCAAGCAGCCGCAGAAGCGCUCCCGGGCUGCUUUCUCACACACUCAAGUGAUAGAGCUGGAGAGGAAGUUCAGCCAUCAGAAGUACCUGUCGGCUCCGGAAAGGGCGCACCUGGCGAAGAACCUCAAACUCACGGAGACCCAAGUGAAAAUAUGGUUCCAGAAUAGACGGUAUAAGACAAAGCGGAAGCAGCUGUCUGCCGACCUGGGAGUCUUGGAGAAGAACUCCCCCUUGUCUUUGCCGGUUCUGAAAGAGGACAGCUUUUCCGGCGCUUCCCUGGUCUCCAUGUACACCAGCUACCCUUACUAUCCCUACCUUUACUGUCUGGGCAGCUGGAAUCCCGCUUCCUGGUAA